UAUUGAUAAGAAUGGAAACUCCUUUUCGACUAAUGUACAGGACAAAUACUGUGAUAUACAGAUAAACAGUGAUAAUCCAAAAAAAGAUGAUGUGGCUUCAACUGACACGCAGAAUAAAGAUUCUGAAUAAGAUGCUAUUGUUCUAAGCUACUGUGAUGUUGAUAUACCAGUUAUUUUUAUUGAUGAGAAUGGAAACUCCUUUUCGAAUAAUGUACAAAACACAUACUAUGAUAUACAAAUAAGUAAUGAUAAUCCAAAAAAAGAUGAUGUCGCUUCAUCUGACACGCAGAAUAAAGAUUCUAAACAAGAUGCUAUUGCUGCAAGCUAUGAUCAUAAUGAUAAAGAAAGUAGUGGAUCGGAAUAUGUUCCAUCAGAAGAUGAAAAUUUAUUAGAAAACAGUGCAUUAUCACAGAAAUGUUAUCCAAUUUUGAGCACAACCGUUACUUCAAUUUCGAGUUUAGACGCCACACAAAUUAAUAAUGGUGCACCUGUAUGCAACGACGAAACAAUGCAUGUAGAAACUUCUAAUAAGCCGAGGAAAGAACACUGUUGUGUUUUUUGCGGAAAGAUGCAGAAACAACUUGCUCGACAUCUGGAGAAUGUUCAUCGCAACGAACCGGAUGUAAAAAAAUUUGCCGCCCUACCUAAAAAUAACACGGAAAGGAAGAAAAUUAUUGAAAUGUUACGUAAAAAUGGAAAUUUUAAAUUUAAUACAAAUAGUGAAUUAAACAACGGACAGUUGAUUGUUUGUAGACGUCCCAAUGAAAAAUACAGCAAGACUGCGAAAGAUUUUAUAGCAUGUGCUAAGUGUAAAGAUUUUCUUUCAAAAAGUACAAUACGUCACCAUUCUCGAAAAUGCUUCAGAAAAGAUUUUAAGAAAGAUAAAUGUAUUAUGGUCAUGGGUAGAAAAGUUACGUGCAGAUUGCAUUUUUCGGCAAAUGAAAUUGUGAGAAAAAUGAUUUUUCCAGUAAUGCGGGAUGACGAGGUAACACGCAUUAUACGAUAUGACAAAUUACUAAUUUUGUAUGCUAAUAAAAUGAGCAUUAAGUACAAAUCUAAGCAUCUUCAUGACAUGAUACGUUCAAGAUUGCGUCUCCUUGGUCGCUUUCUUAUAGCGCUGAAAGAUAAAAAUAGAAACGUUCAAGAUUUUGAAUCGCUUUAUCGUCCCAAAUUAUAUGAUGAUUGUAUACACGCAAUUAAUAUAGUUGCAAAAUAUAAUAGUGAAGAGAAAGUAUAUGAAACUCCAUCAGUGGCGGCAAAUUUGUCGACUUUAAUUAAACAUAUUGGAAACCUUCUUAUUGCAGAGUGUAUAAAGGAGGAAAAAAAUUUAGUUGAAGAUUUUUUAAAAUUAAUAGUUGUCGACAUUGGAACAAGUGUUAAUAGAACUAUCAUAGAAACGCAAUCUGCACAAAGAAGACGUAAAACAACUAAACUUCCAUCAUUGGAAGAUAUAAAAAAAUUAUAUGAACAUUUGAAAAAAAAGCAAACUGAAGCUUUUGAGACACUAAAACAAUCUUUUUCUUACCAUAAUUGGGUUUCCUUGGCGAAAGUGACACUUAUUUCUGUGCAUGUGUUUAAUAGACGUCGUGCUGGUGAAAUCGAACGAGUUCUGAUCAAAGAUUUCAAAAAUUAUGAAAAAAUUAAUGAAAACAUGCACAAAGACAUUUAUACGUCAUUAUCAAAAUCAAACAAAAAAAUCGCUGAAAAAUAUGUUCGAUUCUGUAUAAGAGGCAAAUUAGGGCGUACGGUGCCAGUCUUAUUAUCGAAUGAAUUAUUCGAAAGUAUCAAUAUAAUUUUACAAUUUCGCAAUGAAGCUGAAGUACCUGCGAAGAAUCCUUAUGUUUUUGGAUUACCGGGAUUAAAGAAUCGAAGAUACAAAUAUCUGAGGGCCUGUAAUUUGUUGCGGGAAUUUUCUAAAGAGUGUAAUGCAAUUGAAUCUACUACUUUGCGUGGCACGACGUUGAGAAAACAUGUGGCAACAUAUUGUAUACAGCUUAAUCUUAAUGACGUUCAAGUAUCAUAUCUUGCUACAUUCAUGGGCCAUACUGAAAAAAUCCAUAAAGAUCAUUACCGGCUUCUACUAGCAAGUAGAGACAUACUGAACAUUUCUCAAUACUUGGAGGCAGUUCAAGGAACUGUACAUGUUUCAAAUAAUGAAUCUUCAACGGAUAGCAGUUCCGAAAAUGAUGAACUAAAAGAAGACAGAUUUCUUGAUAGAAAUGAAGAAAAUGCAUGUCCUAAUACAAAUCUGCACCAAGUUAGUGCAUCUACAGACGAUACGUUAAAUAAUGGAAAAGCUGAGAAACGGAAACGUUCUAUAUCCCCGUACGGUAAAACCAAGAGAGUACGCUGGUCACAAAAAGAACAAGACACUGCGCUGGAAGCGUUUGCAAAUUAUAUGAAAAACUUAAAAUUGCCUUCUCUAAAAGAAAUACAAGAGGUAAAGAAAAAAUAUACCUGCCUUGCUCAACGCACAUCACCACAAAUUAAAACAUGGCUCCAUAACAAGCAAAAAGCUUUACGACUAUGUUAGUUGUAAAUUUGUUUGUUUAUUUCUUCAUUACUUGGCUUUUCUCGUUUCUUAUAUUAUACAACUAAUAUAAUACUCUUUUGUGCUUAUCUCCACAGUAUUUUCGUUUAACAGAUUAUGUAUUUGAAUAUAAGACAACUGUUUUUAUUAAAAUAACUUGUACACGCAGAGAAAAGUGACGUUUGCAUUAAAGGAAUUGUUUAUUUAGCGUGGUUUAUUUUUCAAGUUGAAGCAAAAGUACCUUUAAGGAUAAUACACAUUUAUUUGAUUUCAAGAAAUGAUGUUAUUGUUCUUUUUUAAAGGUAAUAAUUUUAAAGUAAAUAAUCAAAUUAUAUGUUUAAUUUUAAAAAAAUAACUUUAAUUCAAAUAAAGUACUGACGGAUAUGUAAGAAACAAUUUAGUUGUUCUAAUUAUUCAAAAAAGAUUUACAUUGCACAACCGAAUUAUUUUUUUAAUUCUAAUAAAAAAGAACAACCAAGAAAUUUUUUUAAAUCAAAUAAACUUUUUUUUAAUCGUAUAGCAUUUUGAUUCAAACAUUUUGUGAAUCAAAGAACCUUUUUCUGAGUGUACAUAAUAACGUGCUUUACAUGAUAAUAUCUGUACAAAUAUAGAUGAAAAUAAAAGAUAAGUGUUUUUACAAGUACUGAAUCUUAUGUUAAGAGGGUGAAAUACCCUUUUUAAAAAAUUGGUUUUUCUUGGAAGUUGUAACGCUGGUACUUUUCAAUGCGGUUACAAGAUUGCGUUCGGGAUCGGUUGCUCGGAUGUGCUCGCCGGAUGUCCGGGUUCGUGUAAAUAAUAACGCCGUGGUUUGGUUGUGAACACGAAACAGCUUAAAUGUAUUUUCGAAACGUAAGUUGAGUACAAAAUAAUAACGUCACGAUAUGUUUAUCGGAUAGGAUUGAAGUACACAAGUAAUGCUAAGGCACCGGAGUGCUCGGUUAAACAAUAAUCGGACCCGCGCAAAAAUAAAAGAACGACGAUUGGUCGGGCCGGACAAAACAUAAUUCGCGGCGUAACUUACAUUUUAAACAGAGAACGGACUCGGGUAACUAUCUGAAUUAACGGACGGACGCGUAUAUUUUAAUUUAUAUACAUGACGGAUUUGGACUACCGCAAUGCUGCGGUCGGACUCGUAUGUCUUCAUACGGCGUAUACGGUUGGAGUCGCUGCGGGGUGGCGAACUCCCGGAAGCGGUUUCGACGGACCGUGAUUGGCCCGUGUGCCGGCUUCAAACUUUCAAAAAACAGUAGUUAUGUGGCACCAAAAUUGUAUAAUUUUAGGAAUCUAAGAUGGGCAAUAAUUUUCGACAGUUUGAAUGCUGCAGGUUUUCAGCAAGCACGACCCUUAUAUGUCGAUAAUAACAAAUGGACGAGACGGAGAUUGCGAGUGCAGUUUUCUACUUUCUUCAUGAUUCUCUUUCAGUUCGCUCAAUUUGCUCCCUUUUUUUGUUGAACUCGUACCAUCUAUCGAAGAAACCAUCUCAUUGACUGCCGAAAAAUUCUUUGUAACGUAAGAUAAAAAACUAAAAUAGAAUAAAAUUACAAUGUUAAAAUUUAAAAAAAAGAAAGUAAAUGUAUUCUAAAAUUGUACUUACCUGAUGAGUAGAAAAGAAUAAAAUGUUUAAAAAGAAGAUAAAAUUAGAUUUGCAAUUUGCAUGUAAAUUUUACAUGCUAUAACACUUCACUAAGAGGGUCGUUAAUACAAGGUUAGUUCAAGUUAUCAGUUCAAGAGAGUCAUCAUAUAAGUCAUCAAUAUAAGGUAAAAACCUGUAGCACUAUUCCAAUUAGCUUUUUAGCUUAAAUUUGCUUUGUCUUAUGACUAUGACAUUUUAUACGCAAAAUCAUAAUUUAUAGGCUGUUAUUUAUAAAUAUUAAUAUAUUAUAAUUAUUUCAGGAUAUUUAUUAGGUAUUUAUAAAGAAUUCUGAUAUUUAUGAUCACUUUAAGCACGAAUCUCAAAUGUUAUACUGUCGUUUCAUUGUUUUAGCAACAUCUUAAGAACACUUGAUCUCCAACUUAAGGCAAUGUUAAAUAUAUGAAUAUGUUAAAUAUAUGAAUACCGAUUUGAAGCAUUUUAGGGGAAUUAAAUUAUAGACCUAUAAAUUUUGUAGAGAAGAAAUAGUGUUCCUGACAUCUAUUUUUGAACUCAACUAAUCGAUGUAAUAAGUCUUAAUUUGUAAGAAAUUGGCUUAUCUUAAUUCAUUAUUCUUCUUACAUUCUAUUUGGAUUGGUCAAAUUGUUAAAUAUAUUUCUUAAAUGAAUAUUUCUUAAACUCUGAUUGGUCGAUUCUCUUAUGCUUUAUGCAAAUCUGUGUUCGGGUCAUGAAGUACAUCGUUAUAUAUUAUUAUACUUUUGUAUAAACAGCAAAUAAACAUGAAAUUUAAAAGUUGCGUUUUGCAUAAAUAUAUUUCUAUUACGGCACGAUUAUUCCACAUACUAUUCGUCAGAAUAAUAUGGAUAUCUGUUGUUUGACACUGAUAAUAGAAAGAAUUAAUUAUUAGGAUAUUGUUAGGAACAUAUGUCAAUAAGUGUGCAUUGGUGUGUUAAGACAUAUUUCAAAUUUACUGAAAAUAGUUAAUUAAUGUUUUGAAAAGAGUCUGAUACAAAUGUCACAAUAUAUAUUAUAAAUAUAUUAAGUGUUCAGCAUUUCUGCCUUGUUAUAACAUGUUUUCUAACCUUUUGUAAUAACCCA